AUGUCCAGACUGAAUGAGACCAAUGAAGUCGUACAAGCAUUCAUCAUCGUUGGCUUUCCGGGAUUUCAGGAACGAGACGUGAAGAACGUUAUUUUUGGCUCCUUGCUGACUGUGUACUUUUUCAUAAUUUUAGGAAACCUUCUCAUAAUCGUCAUCUUUUUACAUGAUGAAGACCUUCACAUCCCGAUGUACAUACUUAUAUCGUGCCUUGGCUUAGUAGACAUAAUUAUUGCAACCAACACCGUUCCCAAAAUGCUGGCCAUCUUUGGCUCAGACUCUAAUCUCAUUACGAUCUCAGCCUGCUUCACUCAGAUGUUUUUCACCCACACCACGACCACUGUGGAGUCUCUCCUUCUUGCACUCAUGGCUUAUGACAGGUAUUUGGCCAUCUGUAAACCGUUGCAUUACCAUACGUUAACAAGUAAUGCCUUGGUCCUGAAGCAGAUUGCUUGCUGUUGGGUCUGUGGAUUCAUUGUUGCAAUCAUUCCCAUCAUUUUGGCUUACAGACUGCCCUUCUGUGGACCCAACAAGGUGGUCCAUUGCUAUUGUGACCACUCUUCAGUGCUUAAGUUAGCCUGUACUGAUACCAGCCUCAACACCUACGUCGGUUUAAGUCUAGUCCUGUCUGUCUUGAUUUCUCCUUUGGUCUACAUUCUCUUCUCAUACAUGAGGAUCCUCAUCUCAGUUCUUAAGAUCAGCACUCACAAGGGCCGUGUAAAGGCCUUCUCGACCUGCGCCACACACCUGCUGGUCAUUUCUGUGUUCUUUCUCGUUGGUGCCGGUGUCUACAUAUGCAACAGGAUUCCGGGAACUUCAGCCGAUGUGCGCAUCUUGAUGGCGCUGAUCCAGAACGUGACACCGCCUCUCAUGAACCCCAUCAUCUACUGCCUCAGGUCUAAAGAGAUUCAGCAGAGCUUUUGGAAAACCUUGAGGAGGAACAGAACGUUACCGAAGAACCCCUGA